CCGGCUACGUAAGUCGUACUAGUUAGGUCUCUCUCUCUCUCUCUCUCUCUCUCUCUCUAUCGUAAAGCUUUCCCUGUUUACCGGUAGCCAGUGCAGCUGAAAGGGGAAAAUAAAUUUUGUAUCACCAAUUCGUUUAGUUGUUUUGAUCCCCUCUUUUUGAUAUUUUCAACCCUCAUCUGAUUAUAUUCGUGACGCGUUCCAUCGUCGAAAGCAGAUGGGAUUGCCCUUUCGGAAAUGGAUGGAUGAUGUGAUUAAGCCAUCGAGGUCGCUCCAGAUCCUAGAAGCUUAGGGAUCACAAGAAAUAUAGAAGAAAAGAAAACUUGACUAAAUAAACGAGUUGCUGGCAAUCCUCAAGAGUCAACGGUAUGGCGUUGGUGGGAUCAACUGUGGUGCAACGAUCGGUCGGACCAGUUGCGAGAACUUUAUCAAACGUGCGCACCGCUUCUCAAUAGACUCAACCGUCCCUUCCUAAACAACACAAGAUCUAUUAGUCAAGAUUUCGGGUAAAAGGCAGUUGCCCUAGUAGAAAGAAAGUGGACGAGAAAGGUGCCAAAAAAGAGAAAAGAUACGGUACCCCCAUAAAAGGAAAGAAUGACCCUACCAAAAGAAGACGAGGACGAUGAGUUGAAUAAGGAGAGAAAAAAUCAAGUCAUUUAUUGCAACAAAACAACAAAUAAAAGACUACACGCCCCCGUGAUGAUGUCGACGACGCAUGCGUCCAACGUCCUGCCAGCGAGUAGUCUUGCACGACCACUGCGGACGCUCAAUAAUAUCUACUCUGCUCCUCACGUGAUCCAGCUGCAUCCGAACAACUCUCCCAAACUCUCGGGAAAACGGAAGACGGCGGUCGAGUUAUUGGAGGAAUCGAAGGCCUUUUACGUCAAAACGGAGCGGGUACUGGAUCGCAAACAGGAGCUGCCGCAUUACAGUCCGGGCGACCGGCUGCUAUUGCUGCAGCACCAUCCCAAUCGUUCGCCUAUGCUGAGCUUGCCGACAUCCCGCAUUCGGGAACAUCACGUCUUCCCUACUGUGACGGCGGCUGUAGCGACAUCCGCCACGUUUCUCCCACACUAUCAGCUCCAGCAACAGGAGAAUACGGACAGUGAAACAACAGGAACUUAUGGAAAUGGCGGAGUCGGCUAUUCCAGAUCCCGCGAAGGAUACUACGCGACACCGCCAGUGGAGAAAAGACGUUUAUCUAUACGCAAAGACAACCCAAUUCCAUUGAAUGUUACGGCCGUUAAACGCUUUCUAAGCCGGCCCGGAUCUACGGAAGAGAACCUUCAAGUUCGCAAGCUCGUGCCUUCGAAAAGCACAUGCCGUUUGAUAGGAUUCUUCGAGUCGUCGGCUGGAAAAACGGGCACAAUGACAUCACCUUCCAGCGGAGGAGGUGGAGGUGUCAGCCCCAAUAACAAGAAAAUGAGGACGCGCAUCACCUUUUCGGAAGUGUUGCCGUGCAUCUGUCAAAGCAAUCAACCGCCCGAGUUGCCACAUCGCAUGAAUAAAAACAAUCCAUCACCUCCCCCGCCAAUCCCACCCAAAAGUCCGGCCCUUAACGCUAAACUUCGUUUACUAAGUCAAGAACAAAGUCAACAUCACCAACUGCCGGCUGGACGAGUGGCCCAUCCAUCACCUGUUUCCAGCCGGAAACCACCGCGUCAGCCAUUCCAGCAAUCGACUCCAUCACAAGCGAUUGGAUUGAAGUCUCAGUCUGCCGUCUUCCGUCGCAUCCAAAGCGAAGAAGCUCCGACAAGCAUGACGAUCCUGCCGGUAUCGGAAGCGAUCCAAACGCAACGCAAUUUAUUGCUGCGUAACCCCAUUUUGCACAAGUCGCUCCCGGAUUUGAAUUCACCUAAAAAUACGAAACGCGGACGCGGUGGCGGAGUCAAAGGUGGCAAAAUCCGUUCGGCAUCCACCGAUUUGGAGAGCUGUAGCGAUGGAGGUAGUAGUCGAAUGAGUCGUAGCAGUAGCGUCCACUUGGACACAGGAUCCAAUAGUUCGGGAUCGGACGAGUCUUCCAAUGAGAGCGAAACUCCAUUCAAUAGCCGGCCCGGAGCUCGAGGAAGCGUCGGCGCCAGCAGGAGCGAACGGGCAACAACUUCCGAUUAUGCAAGUCGUUCGCCCAGUUUUAAAUACGAAACCACCAGUCUCGUCCAGACUAGUCAACCCUGGACUUUGCCUCCACCGUGGCAGGAUGACAGUGGAGUAGAUCCAUCAGCCGCGGAAAGUUCUACUGUUGAACCGGACCAAGUGAGACGCAAAGCCAUUUUGCGUUCCAAAUCGGAUGUCGGUCCGUCUCGAUUUGCUCCCGACUUGCUACCAGCCGUUCCACCAGAAUUCACCGGAGACGUUCCACUGGACCUGGACCAAUUUUUCGAUACAAUCGGCCAGCAUGGAAAAUGUCCCGAUAUGAUGAUGAACACUUCGGGUCGUUCGUCGCCCGUCUACUUUUCCAGCGUCAGUUCGGUCGACUCGUACUGUAAAAGGCGUCACGUGGACAACAUGUACGAAAGUUCCGAUUCGGAGGACAUGGCCGCCACCCUGCAGCGCCGCUUGUUAGGAAGCCAACCGGGAAUGGGUGAACCAUCCAUCGUAGAACGUAAUGCGCGAAUCAUUAAAUGGUUAAUAAAGUGUCGGAACGUGCCCGUCUCGUCAUCGAUUCCUUCUUCCGGUUCAACUGGUCAGCUGGCUAAAUUAGCUGGGGCAUCGCCAUCGAUGCUGCCACCUCGCAGCAGUAGCACCCACAUCCCGAAGCCGGCCACCACAACUGCCUAUUACGGACAGAGCACACGAUUGUAAUUGUACCAACUUGUGUGGGUGGUGGUGAUGGUUGGUGGUGGUCAUUUGUCUUUGUCCUUUUUUAUAUUUCCUUUUUUUGUUUUUGUUUUAGGAUUUUUUCUUUCUUACGUUGACAAUCGAAAGCGAUGGCAGACGGAUCGAAGGUCACGCGGACUUUGUUCCACCCCCGCACGUCGUCUCUCGUAAUCGAUCUGUAUAUUUCUCAUUCGGUGUUUUGUCUCUCCGUUUGUCGGUGGAAAACUAGUCGUUGACAUGGCAACUCCAGCCCCAAAGUGCAUCACAUUCACACACACAUCCCCUUCCUAUAUUUCAGCGCUUCUGUCUUUUUCAGCGUUUUCAUGACCCUCAAUUCUACCUUAACCUGAGCCUAAAAGUCCUCUACGGCUACAUUGUCAACGUGUGUGUGUGUGCGUGUCAGUCAUUCAGUCAAAGACUAUGCAAAUUAUGGCUAUGUCGUUCACCCAUUGGAUCCAAAACUCUUUUUAA